AGCAGCCACAAUAUAGUGUUAUCUUAACCAUUCCAAAAAAGACAAUAAUGGAGAACCAGCUUCCAAAUGGCAAAAAGGCAUUGGAAGAAGAGUUAAUCAGAGGGCAUGGCAUGGCAAAUCAGUUACUUGAAGUACUUGUUCAGGAUAAAUUGAACACUCACCUUGAAGAGGAGGGUAGCUCAAAGUCAGUGUUACCAUUUGUUGAAGAUCUUGUUCGCAAAGUGUUGUGUUCAUUCACAAAUACCCUUUUGAUUUUGAACUCCAAUAAUGAUGUUUCCAAUGAGGUCGCAGCGUCUAUCACUCUCAGAGAUGUCUCUUCGUCCAUUAAUUGCCCAAAGCUGCAGUCGGUGGAUGAAACUUGCAAGAGUCCCAAUAUUCUCAACCCUAAAAGUGGAAGCGGGUGCUACAAAAGAAAAUCAAUUGCGCCAACUUGGAAAAAGGACAGCUCAAUACUGAUUGAAGAUGGCUAUACAUGGAGAAAGUACGGACAAAAAAUGACGCAGUCCAAAUACCUCAGGAGCUACUAUAGGUGCACUCACAAAAAUGAUCAGGGAUGCCAAGCAAUCAAACAAGUACAGAGAAUUCAAGAUAACCCUCCAUUGUACCGAACAACCUAUUAUAGCCACCACACUUGUAAAAGCCCUAUGAAUCCCGAGAUCAUUGUGGAACCUUUUUCUCCCUCUGCCUCUUCCAUAUUACUUAGCUUCGAUAACAACCUUCAGAGCAAACAAGAAAACCCGUUUUCCUCAUCAAUACUUGCAUCAACCAAACAUGAGCCCCAGGAAGUGAUUCACAAUGAACAUAGUGCUCAAAAUAAAUUGUCUACAUUUGAAAACCUCCUAUUUUACGAUUAUGACAUUCCUUUUGAUUAUUCGAGGAAUGCCACUUUGCUAUCAUCGACUGAAGCCGUUCAAUUUGAGAAUGUUUAUGAGCAGUAUGGAUUUUGAUGGCUAGGUAUUUGUUUCGGAGGGUAACUUCAUCAUGUUAGAAUUGCGCAGAGCUUAGAUCUGUAUGUUGUAUUAGCUAGUAGUUCUUCAAUAAAACUUUGUUGUCUUAAAUGUUGUCAAAACAAUACACACGUACACAUGUGAUAAUAACCAAUUUUAUAAUGAGAAAUGAUAGC